GCCGGGGUCGUUAUGGCUAUCUUGAAAAGUCAAGCUCUCCACAACAUGCAAGGUGAUUACUGCAGCAGGUAUAAAACACCACAACUUCUCCGGCUCUUCACUCACAGUCCAAGCCAUCCUGCAGACGACACCGAGUUCUAUCUUUGCUGUACAUCAGAUCUUCAACAAGAUGAUGAAGUUUGUUGUCCUUGCCCUCCUCGUGGCUGUUGUGUCGGCUACUUACUACAAGCCAACACCAUACAGACGCGGGUACCGUGGCUACGUCGGGGCCUACGCGGAUGGAUACAAGGGUAACUAUGGUUACGGCAGAUAUAGCGGCUAUGGGUAUAACUACCGUGGAGAUGGUUACCGUGGCGUCUACCGUGGGGACGGGUUUAAAGAUGGAUACUUCCCAGGUGAUGCUGGCUACUAUAAUGCCGAUGGUUACGGCAAAGAUUACAGAAAUUCCGGCUACGACAGCAAAGGCAAAUACUACCCAUACUAAGGUAAAUAUGAAUAAAAAGUACUUGCGUUACUUCACAGCAUCUUGACGAGAAAAUUGCAACAUCGUCUUCAUCGAUAAAGUCAUCAUAGCAGUAGGGCAUUCAAGUCCACAGCCAUCAAGAUUUGGCUUUACCGACACCACAGAAAUAAUAGAAACUUUUUUGUACGUUGAAAAUGGACCCUUUGGAAUCCAAGUUCGUACUGACUGCUCAUUCAUGUAAAAUGAUCGUCAAUGAUGUAAUAAAAUUUAUAAACAGUCCAAACACCGCUUAUUCUUUGAUUCAUAUUUGGCAACAUUU